AUGAAUUCAGCAGAAGAGAUUCCUAUACAUUCCUGUAAUCCCAAAGGGCCACCUUUGGUUCCAAUCGAUGUGACUCAGUGUCAAGCAGCCUUGAGAAAAUUCCCACUGAACAAAGAUGGUAAGAUAGAACUCGAUGUCAAUACACAAGAUAUAGCUUGUGGUACUUGUAAAGUGACAUUGGAGGCCAUGAAUUCGGAUGAGAACGUUUUGACCUCCGUCGGAGGUGCCCAAACUGCGAUUUCGAAUGUCUUCAAAGUGUGUAACGGAGCAGCUGGUUACGUUGUGAUCGAUAUCGGGACGGGCGAAACAUCGACUGAAGUGGUCGUAAGAAGCGCUUCAGAACAAAAGUGUUAA